GGCAAAAAGUUCGCUCCUCUCUGCGAAGAACACCACUCCCAAUUUCUGCAUUUCUGGCAAGUGAGAAUCCGAAUUUCCGUUGGUGAGAGAGAGAGAGAGAGAAUCAUCUGUCGCCGGGAAAUUCUCCGGCACGGAAAACCUCCGUCGCCAUCGCUAUCUCCGUAGCUUUGGAUUGAUCUCCUACGAGAAGGUGGUUUUGGUUUUGGGGAAAGGAUGGUGAAUCCUAUGGUUGAUAGAGCCACAAGCGAUAUGUUGAUCGGGCCUGAUUGGGCGAUGAACCUCGAGAUUUGCGACACUCUCAAUCACGAACCUGGGCAAACGAAAGAUGUUGUGAGUGGCAUAAAGAAAAGGCUUGGUAGUAGGAGUUCCAAAGUUCAAAUUCUGGCCCUCACAUUGCUGGAGACAAUGAUAAACAACUGCGGGGAUAUCAUCCAUAUGCACGUAGCCGAGAAGGAUGUACUUCAAAAGAUGGUGAAGAUGGUCAAAAAGAAGCCUGACAGCCAAGUAAAGGAGAAGAUAUUGAUUCUUAUAAGUACUUGGCAAGAGGCUUUUUCGGGUCCUCAAGGGAGACAUCCUCAAUAUUAUGCAGCAUACCAGGAAUUGUUGCGUGCUGGAUUUAUAUUUCCGCCGAGAGCUCAAAGACCUCAAACCUCGAUCACUCCCGGACAGUUCGGGCCUCUAGCACCAUACCCUCGAACUUCUCGGAAUCCUGGAGCAGAACAAGAGACUUCUGAAACACCAGCUGAGUCAGAGUUUCCGACCUUGAGUUUGACAGAAAUCCAGAAUGCAAGGGGCAUUAUGGAUGUCUUAGCUGAAAUGUUGAGUGCGAUCGACCCGGGCAACAAAGAGGGACUUAAGCAGGAGGUUGUCAUAGAUCUUGUUAGUCAAUGCCGCACGUAUAAGCACAGAGUUGUACACCUUGUUAAUUCUACUUCAGAUGAGUCCUUGCUCUGCCAGGGUCUGGCCCUAAACGAUGAACUACAGCGUCUACUUGCCAAGCAUGAAGCAAUUGCUUCAGGAACUGGUCCAACCGAAAAAACUCCCAAGACUGAACCUGUUAAAGCCACCACAGAGCCUGUAGAGGUCAAUGGUCCUCUUAUUGAUACUGGAGACACCAGCCAACACGGGGCUGAAACCGGAGCUCCUCUGCCUGCAUCUCCUACAGCAAAUGGUCUGACAUCGAUAUCAGCUCCAAAUCCCAAGAUAGAUCUUCUCAGCGGCGACGAUUUCGGCUCCCCAAAUGCAGACAACUCGCUGGCUCUCGUUCCCGUUGGAGCUCCACAACCCAACAGUCCAGUAGCCACCCCGGAAAAUUCCCUCGUCUUGAUCGAUAUGCUAUCGGAUAAUUCUGUUGCUUCUCCAACUGCCAAUCCUGCCACACACCCGAUGCAACAUCCGUUUAGUCCACAGCAACAGUAUUCAAAUGGAUUUGGUCCGAACCCGGGACCUUUCCACUACGAGCAGCAGGUUUACACACAAGGGUCUGGUCCUGUCUGGAAUCUCCAGCUUUCGGCUCAGCACCCGCAGCCAACUUCUCCGGUCUAUGGUCAGCAAGCUUCGCCAUCUGGCUUUGGCCGACCCUCAUCCCCUGACUACGGUGGACAGAACAUCGUUCUGGCACUACCUCCGCCGCCAUGGGAAGCUCAGUCACCGAGCUCUAGUCCUCAUCAUCAUCAUCAACCAAUGCAAGUAACUCAGGUGGUGGUCACUCACACUCAACCUGUCGGAUAUCCUCAAGGCCCUCCUCAGUCACCGACUGCCGCAAACCCCUUUCCCGGGACGUUCAUCCAGCCAAUGGCAGGCUGCCACAUGUCACCCUUCCACAACCCCUCCUACAAUGGUUACUACAGCCCCCAGAUGAACUAUAACCACAAUGCCAUGUACCAAAACCAGAUGGUCGGCUAUAGUCAGCCUCAGCAGUAUCUCAUGGAGCAGCAAAUGUACGGAAUGUCCCUUGAGGAAAACGUCAACAACAGCAACAACAGUUCCAAUCCGUACCAGGUUUCCUCUUCCUCCGAUCUUAACUUUCCUCCGAUGAAGCCUAACCCUAAUAAACCUCAAGAUAAGCUAUUCGGAGAUCUGGUUGAUAUUUCCAAGUUCAAGAAAACGGGUCCUGGAAGAGCCGGUAGCAUGUGAAACUCGAUCCUAAUUAACGAUGACCACAGAUCGGAUAUCCAGAUUUUCUUCUAUAUAUAUAUGUUCGAUCAGAUUCGCUCGGUAAGAUACGAAUAUUUGAUAUCACAUAGCGUAUAUUGAAAACCCAAAGUAGUAUUACUCUUGGUGAACUGCCUCGCUAUUCUUCUUUCUUCUUUCCUUUAGUUCGUCCUCCUCUAUUCUUUAGUUUGGGCUUCCAAUAAGCUGCUUUCUUCACAUUUUAACUAUUUAUGCGCUAUUUUUCAUAUAUAUAUGUGUGUGUAUACACACACUGGUGACAUUAUAUACCCACAAACAUGUUAUCUACUGUUUUAUACAAACAUAUAUUGGUAUAAAAUGUUCGAUUUCGAAGCAUAUCUCGUUCUAAUUGUGGGUUAUUUUGAUAAAUAACGUAAAAAUGAGACUGUUUUUAGAUAUUUUUAUAAAUAUGGAGUGAAAACGUAAGGUUGGUGAUAAUGCGGGGCAGCUGCUACAAAUGUUUUGGCUCCUUGUCUACUGAUCACGCCUUCCGCUGAACUAAGAUGACGUCAUGCGAUACUGUUCUCCACCGUUGAUAUUGUUAUCAACGGCUAGGAAUUAUAUUCCCUUUAGAAUUUUAAUUUAAUUUUUUUUAAAGAAUUUUUCAAUCCAAUCCAAAUCCAAUUAACAUAAAAAGCACAAAAACCAUCAUCCCUUCUCUCUCUCGCUCGUCGCUCUUCUUCUGCAGCUUUCUCCUUGGUAUACCCGUGGCUUGCUAGCAGCAUUCUCGAUAUGCAGGUUA